CGCACCAUGCGAAGCCCGUAUCUCCUCCUGGUACCCGCACUGCUGCUCCUAUUGGCCCUGCCCGCCUCCAGAGGACGUUACAAUGACGACUUUGACGACGGCGAGGACCUGGCCGACUUUGACGACAACGACUUCGCUGAGUUCGAGGACAUGAAUGACGAGUUAACGGAUGAGGCGGAGACGGCCCCCCCGCCACGUGUCCCAUCGCCCUCCUCGCAGCCCGAAGAGGACGAAGACGAAGCCACCGUGGAGCUGGAGGACGGUCAGGAUGGUUUCGAGGACUCUGAGAAUCAAGAUCAAGACAUGUACAGCAAAUACGACCAGGAGGAGUUUGAGGGAUAUGGAGACGUGGAGAAGACGGGCCAUUCCAUGAAGGACCCCCUCAUAAUCCACACGGUCCCUGCGCACCUUCAGAACAGCUGGGAAAGUUACUACAUGGAGAUCCUGAUGGUGACGGGCUUGCUGUCCUACAUCAUGAACUACAUCAUCGGCAAGAACAAGAACAGCCGGCUCGCUCAGGCCUGGUUCAACUCCCACAGAGAGCUCCUGGAGAGUAACUUUGCACUCGUGGGCGACGAUGGCACCAGUAAAGAACCUGUGAGCACCGGGAAGCUGAAUCAGGAGAACGAACACAUCUACAACCUGUGGUGCUCUGGGCGUGUGUGCUGUGAAGGCAUGCUGAUUCAACUCAAGUUCUUGAAGAGGCAAGACCUCCUGAACACGGUGACCAGGAUGAUGAGGCCCGCCUGUGACCAAGUGCAAAUCAAAGUGACUCUUAACGAGGAGGACAUGGACACUUUCGUCUUUGCUGUGGGUUCCAAGAAGGCCAUGGCUCGGCUGCAGAAGGAGAUGCAGGACUUGAGCGAGUUCUGCAGCGACAAGCCGAAGUCCGGAGCAAAGUAUGGGCUUCCAGAGUCCAUGGCGAUUCUGAGCGAGAUGGGUGAGGUCACGGACGGCGUGAUGGAUAACAAGAUGGUACACUACAUCACCAACCACGCUGACAAGAUCGAGUCGAUCCAUUUCUCGGAUCAGUUUUCUGGUCCAAAAGUUAUGCAAGAGGAGGGUCAGCCGUUAAAGCUGCCUGAGACCAAGAAGACACUACUGUUUACAUUUAAUGUGCCUGGCUAUGGCAAUACGUCUCCCAAAGACAUGGACUCCCUGCUUCCUCUCAUGAACAUGGUGAUCUACAGCAUCGAUAAGGUCAAGAAGCUCCGUCUGAACAGAGAGGGCAAGCAAAAGGCGGACAGGAACCGGGCUCGCGUGGAGGAGAACUUCCUGAAGCAGACCCACGCUCAGCGCCAGGAAGCCGCCCAGACACGCAGAGAGGAGAAGAAGAGAGCCGAGAAGGAGAGGAUCAUGAACGAAGAGGACCCUGAGAGACAGCGUCGGCUGGAGGAAGCAGCUCAGCGGCGGGAGCAGAAGAAGAUUGAGAAGAAGCAGAUGAAGAUGAAGCAGAUCAAAGUGAAAGCCAUGUGAACGAUCACCAAGAGAAAAAAAAAAGCAUUCAGGCACAUCGAAAAUCAGUGCUCUGCUCAGUUUUCUUCCGCUUGUUCCAGUCAGUGUCCACAACUUCAGCUCAAUGGUUGCCAGAAACCUCCCAACAGACAUCCUGCCUCUCUGGUCGUGUCCGGCUUUGCUGUUUGCAUCACUCACUGCUCCGUUUCAUGUGUUUAAAACCUAAAAACUCUGUAAACUCUAUCUCCAUCCACCAUCAAGUCAGGUUUUUUUUUUUUUUUAACAUUCGUCAAAUGUUUCUCUGAAAUACCUAAAGCCUAAUGAUUGUUUUUAAACACAAGUUGCUGGUAAGAGGACACUAUUCGGUGGUGUUUUGCCACGUUUUUAAAGGACUGAAAGCAUUGUUGUGAUUUCAUUGCUAAUAUAUUAGAAUUAUCGUAAACUUUAAGCGAUAAUGUCAAGGAAAUGUUUAAUAUAUAUAUAUGUGUGUCAAAUACUUUUCUGUCAGGCUGUUUCUAAUGGUUAUCUGAGCAAACAAUAAAUGCACUGAAGUCUUUAAAAAAAAUUAUA